AUGAACGAUUAUCAAAUCAUGCAGGACAUUGGCAAGUCCAAACACGCAAUGGUUUACAAGGGCAGGAAGAAGAAGACGAUACAAUUCUAUGCCCUCAAAUGUGUCGACAAGUCGCAGAAACAAAAGAUUAUGCGCGAAGUUCGGUUUUUGCACAGGCUCCGAACUCCAUAUGCAGUGCAGUUUCAUGAAUGGUUUGAAACCGCAAACCAUCUUUGGUUGAUAUUGGAGCUUUGUCCCGGAAAUCGCCUGAUAGACAUGUUGCAAGUUGAUCUGAAACUACCAGAGCUAUCUGCAAAUAUGCUGGGCCUCAACCUCCUGGCUGCCUUGCAAUUCUUGCACAGCAAUGGAAUCGUCUACAACAAUUUGAAGCCUUCGACCAUACUGUUGGAUGCUCAGGGGCUGCUUAAGUUGUCUGACUUCAGUCUAGCAAUGCACACCAACACGUACAAUGACCCUCAGAGUGACGAGAGUCAACGUUGCAAACGUGGAACACCAACUUACAUGGCUCCAGAACUCUUUCGCCCUGACGGUGUGUGUAGCUUUGCCUCCGACCUGUGGGCCUUGGGCUGCAUCCUGUACGAGAUGGUUUCUGGAAGGCCUCCGUACCUCAAGUCCAACUUCAAGGCUCUUGUAACCUCAGUCGUCACGGACUCGUAUGUUCCGCUCCAGAACUUGUCGGAGGAUUUCAACGACCUGUGUGGCGCCCUGCUAGAAAAGAAUGUGCUUGAUCGAAUAUCUUGGGAGCAAGUUAGGACACAUCCCUUUUGGGCCCAGGAGCUUCCUGAAGCGAACAUGCCAAAUGAACCUGCAUUUGAAGAAUUCUGUGCCAAGGUACAGGAAGAGCAGGUCAAGGAGAGUGAGGAUGCUGAAGUUGAGUCACCAAAGCGAGGUUCGCCUCGAACUCGUCAUGAAGACAAUUCUCUUCGCAAAAGUGGGAUAGAUAUUGUCAGACUCUCUCAGUUGUUGUUUUUUCUUGGCGACCUGCAGGUUCGUCCGAUCAUCGGUAACAAGAAGAUCGAAAAGAUGCCAUUGCCCUCGUUCGACGAGAAAUCCCUUUCUUUCGAGCCAAUGAGCGAUGAAGAAAUUUGCUCCGUCGAUGAAGAACAAUUCGCAAAACAUCUUGCCGAUAUUCAUCGUGCACUUGGUGACAAAACGCCUAUAUCAUCCAAGGUAUCUGUUCUUGCGUACAUCGAAAAUCUGUCCAGCAAUGCUGCCGUCUCGGAUUCUGUCCUGAAUUCUAACGUUGGACUUCUGCUCAUCAGAAUUUUAAGAGAAUCAAAGUCAGCGCCACUCAGAGCAAAAUUGUUGCAGACUGUGGGCGUCCUCGUAAGAUCUGCCUCCUUCAUAUCUCCUGAACUGCAACAAGCUGGAGCAAUUGCUGCACUCACUGCAGGUGUUCGGGAUCGGGAGGCAAAGGUUCGAAGGCGUGCAAUGGCUGCAUUUGGGGAGCUACUGUACUAUAUAGUAUCUCAGGCCGAAACCAACGAGGAUGGAGUUGAGGGCCAGAGAGUGGACGAGGAUGAAAUCUGGAGCUUGCCCCCAGCUGCCCUACAGGUGACGCUAAGGAAUCUUGAAGGUAGAGAGGAUGAGGUUGUUCAGCAUUACGCUGCUCAGACCAUUGACAAUAUAUGCUCUCAAAUCAAUGAGAGGGCUUCUGCGUUGAGGAGCGUAGAAGUUCUUUCUGCUCUCUUUUCCAUCGUCUCAUCUGCACAGGUUGAGGCGCUACGAGGGACUGCAGCUUCGGCCAUGAGCAGGAUUGUCAGACUAAUGCCAACUCUGGCGUGCCAGAUCAUAGAUAAGAUCAGCUUUCAAUCAGUGAUACAGAGAUUGAAUGACGAUAAUGCGAAACGAUUGCUCAAGUCCCUCAACGAGCAAUCGACGAUCAUUAACUCGAUCUUGACUUUGUUUGAUAGCGCAACGACAACAGUUCGAGCAAAGGCUGUCCUAACUGUUCGUCUCUUGGCCUCCAUCUCCCCUCAAUGGCUCUCAAUGGCCUGUGACAAACGCCUCAUGCCAUCGAUAGAAAAGAUGAUUCGAGACAAAGACGCCUAUCUUCAAAGAUGCAUCGAAGGACUCAUAAGCGAAAUCACCGAGAUGAUCCCGAACUUGUGCGUCUCCUCGUGCGAGGUUGCUCCCUUUCACGGGUGUGUGGAGUUUCGUCGGGUGCUCUACUUGGUCAUUGAGGCUCUCUCCCAAAACGCUCUCGUCCUCCAGAAUCAUGAGGCUGUCACAGCGAACCUCCUUCCUGUUCUCGUCCAGACAGCGCUGAGGGAGGAAGACUCGACCAACUCGGGAGGCAGCACGAGGUACACAUGCUUGAGAGCAACAGGAGACAUGCUCGCUGCGCUCAUGGCAGAAGUGAACAUCUACGAUCCUGCGGCCCAAGCUGGUUCCGGGUCUCACAAGGAGGAGCACGCGGCUGCCAUUACCAGGAUCAUCCACGAGCUCCUCGUUCGCUCCUUGUUCCCAAAGUUCUCGACGUUCUUGACGGACCGCGAACCCGUGCCUCAGUCUGCCAUCAAGAUCGCCAGGCUCGUCAUGGAAAGGAAUCCUGCCUUCGGGGUAGUGCUGGAUCGGCUCGGGCUGGUGGAGAAAUUCAUCUCUUUCUGCAGUCCCAAGUCUCCUCACUUCUCCUUGAACUCCGUCUGCCUCGUGCGAGCGGUUGUGCAGUGCUACGACUCGGACAUCCAGCUCCUCUACUCCUACGACAUCGCUCCGCAAGUCGCCGUCCUCAUAAGGCAUGUGGUGGACGAGCGGAGCGAAGAUGAUUUCUUCGAGCCUGCGGUGGACAUGCUGAACUCGCUCCUCUAUCACACAGUAACAGCCCUCCAAGACUCGUCCUCGGAUGAGAACCAGGCCUUCUGGAUCAACAACGCAGAGCCCUUCCUCAUCAUCUGCGAUUCGCUUGCCCUGCUCUGCAGGCCAGACUCAUCCUACACUGCUGUGGAGGCAAGCUUUCAGAACAGCGAGGCAGCAUCGCAGGCCCUCCUGCUGCUUGCCCACGUCUUCCCUGCGAAGGUCAUUCAAUCAGGUUAUUGA